AUGUAUAACAACAACAAUAACAAUGAAGAGCACAACAAGCAAGCUCCUCCAAGAAUCUCCUUCUCCAAUGAUUUGGUGGAAUCUUCAAGAUCCCAUUCACACUACCGCGACGCCCCGGUGUCGUCGGACUUUGAGUUCUCCGUCAGCAGCUACUCCAUGAUGCCGGCGGAUGAGCUCUUCUUCAAGGGGAGGCUCCUUCCGUUCCCCUUGAAAGAAGAGAAUAAUAUUAAAAAAAGCAGCAGCACCAGCGCCGCCGUCAAGAUCAAGAAUAAUGAGAGCCCCCCAAAGAAUCCCACUAGGUGGAGGGCCUUUCUUGGCCUUACCAAGUCCAAGCAAAUCCCUUGA